GGCCUUGGACAAUCCCUCUCUCUCUUCUUUCUUUCUGUGAGAGAAUGAGAAUUUCCAGAGUGAAAUGGCAAAAGCUGCUGUGUUUCGUCUAGCGUCUUCCGUUCUCAAAUCUUCGCCUCCUAAACUUGUUCUCUUUGGAAUUCGAAGGUACUCUCUCUCUCUCUCAUAUUUUUGCAAUUCGGAACUGUUUACGUAUCAUCGAAUCCCUUCUUUACUGGGUUGUAGGCCGGGUUUUCUAAGCCAUGAGUACUUGCGGCGGAGCCCAAAUGUACCAAACCCAGGUUGGGUUGUCAGAAACAUGAGCCAUGGGUCUGUGAGUUUGGUGAUAUCUCAAGGUAAACCCAAAUUUGAGACGUACCAAGUUGAUCCUCCUAAGAAGCACAAGUGGUUGACCAAGAAGAGGUUGAAGAUUCAGAGGAAGAGGGAGAAGCAGGAGAGGAAAGCAGCGAACAAGAGGGACCCCCGUCGGCUUCGCAUUCAGGGGAACAAGAAAAAGUUUGCUAAUGCUGAGGACAAAAUCAAGUUCAAGCUUGAAAAGGCCAGAGUUAAGGAGGCUUUGCUGAUUGAAAGACUUAAGCGGUAUGAAAUUCCAAAAGUUCAGGGUCCUGUGGUACAACCAAAUUAUCUGACAGGUGAGGAGCGGUUUUAUAUGAAGAAAAUGGCCCAAAAGAAGUCUAACUAUGCCCCAAUUGGCAAACGAGGAAUUUUUGGAGGUGUUAUUCUUAAUAUGCAUUUGCAUUGGAAGAAACAUGAAACGGUAAAGGUUAUUUGCAAGCCCUGCAAGCCUGGCCAAGUACAUGAGUAUGCACAGGAAAUUGCUACACUGAGUGGGGGAAUCCCAAUUCAGGUUGUUGGAGAUGACACCAUAAUAUUUUAUCGAGGAAAGAACUAUGUGCAGCCGGCAGUAAUGUCACCCGUAGAUACUUUAUCAAAAAAAAGGGCACUGGAGAAAUCCAAAUAUGAGCAAUCGCUGGAGUCUGUGCGGCACUUCAUUGCUAUUGCUGAGAAGGAAUUGGAGCUCUAUUACAGGCACAUUGCGCUUUAUGGUAACCCAAAUGAUGGAAAUCCCAUUUCAGUUUUGGAUGGUCCUACAAAAGAAACUGAGGCAUCAGAGAAACAUAAAAUACUAGAAAACCAAAUUCUAGACUCUGCUAGUGAUUUCUUUUCUGCAGGUCUUCUUGAGACUGAAUCAGACUCAUCAGAUUCAGAGCUGUUAAAAGCUGAUGAUUUUGAAGAUCACAACUAAUCAGUAAGUCAAUCAGAUUCUGUGAACUACGUUGCCAUGACACCCAUCUUGGAACUGGGUGAUCUUUUCGUUUGUGGGUCAAGGAAAUUGAGAUAGUAGGCUUUCCAGUUUUAAACCGUUUGGGCAAUGGAUCGGAAUAUCUAAUUUUUGGGAUGUUCAGAUUCAUCUGAGUCAUAAUCUAUGUUCUGUUUUGGUCUUCCCAUAGAAUAUGCUUUCUUUAUCUAAGGAGUCAUUAGUUGGUCCUAAUGUCCGUUCAUUGCAAUAUUGCAUUAUAUAUUUUUAUAAGAUCUGGGGAUGUUGUGCUUUUGUGUUGCUUCAGUUCGCGGAAAUUAAUUGCGUUCUGAUGUCUGGUUUGAUGUAGGAGACUUUUUGGACUAUUGGUCAGUGUCCGUCGGAAGAUGAUCAGUAUGCAAAAGCAAGGUACCCAAAACAUGUAUAUGGCAUGCCAGCGAAUAGUCAUUGUACCCAGCCUGACCUCAUACAAUGAGACAAAUCAAAGGUUCAGAACCCCAAGUUUUAAACCCUCAGCUGGGAUGUCUAGCAAACUUUUCUGCACCACAAAAUGCUGUUUUACUGAAUAACCAAAUGCUCCACCACCGAACUUCCGAUAAUCACAACACAUUCAUUUGUGCUCACAAGGCAUGUUGUUUGCUCCAUCCACUCCAUAAAGGCCAAGAAAUCCAAGCCCAUGUCAUGAAAUUUGGUCACUUAUCUGAUACCUUCAUCGAAAGACUUUUUGCUCCAUUUUUAUGUAAUUCAAAAUUACAUUGUUUCUGCUACCCAUGUUUUUGAUUUGAUAGCGAUCUGGAUGUUGUUUCCUGGACUUCGAUCUUUUCGGGUCUUUCCAAGUGUGGGUUUGUAGGGGAAGCACUUGUUAAAUUUAUGUCCAUGGACGCAGAUCCCAAUGUUACUACUCUUGUGACUGUUUUGUCUUCGUGUUCUAGUUUAAGAGCUUUCAAGUUAGGUAAAGCUGUUCAUGGCCAUUGUUUGAGGAACGUACACAAGUGUAAUAUGAUUUUGGACAAUGCAAUGUUGGAUUUCUAUCUGAGAUGUGGUUCUUUGGUGGCUGCAAGAUACUUGUUUGUCAUUAUGCCCAAGAGAGAUUUUGUUUCUUGGAGUAGCAUGGUGGGUGGUUAUGCACAUAGAGGUUUAUGUGAGGAGGCAAUGAGACUUUUCCAACAACUGGUGCUGGGCUGGGAAGUUGAGCCGAAUGAGGCUACCAUUGUCAAUGUAUUGUCAGCCUGUUCUUCUGUUUGUUCCUUGAGUUCAAGCCAGCAGGUGCAUUUCUAUGUCAGUACUCAGCCAGAUCUCAUGGUGAAUAGCAAUGUGGGAAAUGCCUGGAUCAACAUGUAUGUUAGGAGUGGACAUUUGGGUAUGGCUAUUUCGGUUUUUAAGGCCUUGGAGUGCAAAGAUUUCAUUUAAUGGAGUACCAUAAUAAGCGGUAUGGCAUACAUGUGUUGCAGCUCUUUUCCUGAAUGCUAGUCAAUGGGGUUUCUCCUGAUGGUGUAACCUUCCUUGGGUUAUUAACAGCAUGCAGUCAUGCAGGCCUUGUAAACCAAGGGUUGAUGUUCUUCAAGGCUAUGAAGAAAGUUUACUGGAUUGUCCCUGAAACACAAUAUCAUGCUUGUUUGGUCGAUAUGUACGGUUGAGCUGGGCUCUUAGAUAGGCUUUUAUUAAAGAAAUGCCUUUGAAAGCUGAUGGUUCUGUUUGGGGAGCUCUGCUUAGUGCUUGCAAAAUUCAUGAGAAUGAGACAAUGAUUGAGAGAAUCAGACAAGGACUCCCAAAUAAUGCAGGAGUUAGCAUUGGAACUUAUGCUCUGUUAUCAAAUGCUUUUGCGUUGGGAUGAUUUUUAUAAGGUUCGUGAUGAAAUAAGAAGUAUGGGGUUGAAGACACAGCCAGGUUGUAGCUGGAUUGAGACUGGUCCAUCCAUUUGACCUAUAUGCAGCACGAUCCCCAUGUUGGCCAUUGGGUAAUACCAAACUAAUCAUGGUUUUCAGAAACUUGAGUGAAUAUGGUGAUAUCGGAAGAUAAACUCAAGUUUGAGAUGAUGAAAUUGUUCCUCCGAAAAAUGGGAACCAGAAGAGGUUGAAGCUGCAGAGGAACAGAGAAGCAGGAAUCAAAACAGCCAAUAAGAGGGACCCAAAUCUGCUCAGGGUUUGCUAAUGCUGAGGAGAAGUUUGAGAGAAUCAAGUACAAGGUCAAAAGGAGAAAUGAAGGCUGAAGCUUAAGAGGCAUUGGUAUUACUAGGAAGGAGCAAGACUGUACUGUAUGAUAUUGGUGACCAAAACGGCAGAAUCUCAAUUCAAUCUUUGGUAGUGCUACGAAAGAGACGGGGUUGAUAUCUAGAUUCUUACUAGUGAUUUCUUUUCUGCACGACUCCUAGAGAUAGAAGCAGAUUACUCAUAUUCAGAGCUAUCACAAAGCCAUGGUUCUGAAGAUGACAACUAUCAAUAGGUGAAUCGGAUUCCCAAGAUGAUAGGAGUCUUGAUUCUGAUGAUGAAGAAGCAAGCUCGCCAAGAGGCAUAAUAACACGUCAAAUGUUUGGUAUUAUUUUUUAUCAAAAUUUAACCCUUUUUUUUUUAUUCCUUGUGCGUUAUGAUUAUGUAAUCUUAUCAAUUUAAUAGUUAUGAUAAUGUUAGAUAUUUGCUCGAA